GGGAACUCCAAGUUCCGUGAGUCUGUUCGGCGACCGAGCCUCGCCGCUCCAAAACACACGCUGACAGCUGCUCGGAAACCAUGCCUCGGGCCCGGAGAGCCAACCAGUCCGCCAAGAAGGGCGGCGGGAGCCGCGGCUCCCUGAGACAGGAAUUGCUUCAGCUGAAAGUGUCGGACAAACUGAACCAGUUUAAAGGCUCCCGUCCAGGAACACGUGCUGAGUCUGAGGCCAGUGAUGACGAGGCGGCAAGUGAUGUUCUCAGUCAUUGCAGCAGUGCCAGUGAAACGUUCAGCUUGGCAGAGGAUGGCACAGGGAACGAGUUACAGGAUUACCAAUCUCAGCAGGAGCAACGAGAGGACAAACUUAAAGAGGAUAUAGACAAUCUGAUGGACAAAAGCAUCAAGACAAGACAGAUAGCUUUGACCAAUCUGCGCCUUACCCUCUCCUCUCAUGUCCUUGGUGAUGUUCUUACAGAAAGACGGAUUACCCUCACGGAUGCUCUGGAGCGCUGCUUGAAGAAAGGUAAAGAGGAGGAACAGUCUCUGGCAGCCACAGUGCUGUCUCUGCUUUGUUUACAGCUAGGCUCGGAUCCCGAGGGAGAAGAAGUCUUUCGCUGUCUGAAACCCCUCCUGAUCAGCAUCCUUACAGACACCAGUGCAGGAUUGUCUGCUCGGCAGAGUUGUGCUACAUCCUUGGGUUUGUGCUGUUACAUUGCUGCUGCUGAUGCAGAGGAUUUAAUUUCUAGUCUCUGCUGUCUCGAGGGUAUAAUCACAUCUUACUAUACUGACUCUGGUGCCCCGCACACAGCCCUCCAUGGAUUACUUUGCUGUACCCUCCAGUCCUGGGCGCUGCUUCUCACUAUAUGCCCAGCCAGCCGCAUCCAGAAAGUUUUAGAGAGUCAUUUACCCCGUUUGCCUGGAAUGCUGUCCAGUGAGAAUGUCAACUUGCGCAUUGCAGCCGGAGAAAGUUUAGCGUUGCUGUACGAAAUGGGACGUGAUCUUGAGGAGGACUUCUUCUAUGAGGAUACAGAUGAGCUAUGUGUGACCCUGAAAGCUUUAGCCACGGAUAGCAAUAAAUACAGAGCCAAGACUGACAGACGCAAACAGCGUUCUAUCUUCCGGGAUGUUCUCCAUUACAUUGAGAGCAGCGAAUGCCAAGAAGAAACCAUAAAGUUUGGUUUGGAAGCCAUGUAUAUAGACAGCUGGGCACGCAGGAGAACAUACAAUUUAUUCAAGGAGGUUCUGGGUUCUGGCAUUAGGCAUCAUCUACAGUAUAACGAGGUUCUGCGUGAUAUAUUCUCCUUGGGAGCCCCUCUUGUACUGGAUGCAGCAGCAAUCAAGGCCAAUAAAAUUUCCAGAGUAGAGAAGCACAUGUUCAACUCUGCAGCCUUCAAAGCAAGAACGAAAGCAAGAAGUAGAGUCCGGGACAAGCGAGCAGAUAUCCUCUAAUUGACCGCAUGCCUCACACAAGCCACUUUUUACGUUACCUGGUACUCUUGGAUAGUACCCUUCCUUGGCCACCAUGAAUCUCCUGUGUGGAAAUUAACUUUUGAUCAUGUAUUUAAAAUACCAGCUCUUGCAGAAGUAGACAAGUCCAGUAUUACUGGCAGAGUAGAUGUUAAAGAUGCUGAGAAUUACAGGAAUGACAGCUGGAGGUGCUCUUUUUUUUUUUUUUUUAAUUUUUCUUAAUCAAGACAUUUUAAUUGGAUUCAAUCACUGUGUGAUGGCUGCAAGCAGAGCUUCUCAGGACACUACAGUCUGUGAACUGUUUGUGCAAUACUAUAAGGGAGCCUUCAAGGAAGGUACUGCAAGUCUUUGACUUACUUCCUCUCCUCGGAAAGGUGCUAUGGAGAUAACUCUGCUGCCGCCAAAACCCUGCACCCUUUGGGACAUGUUGGUCAAUUUGCUUUACAAAGGGCAAGCAGAGCAGUGCAUUGCCAUUUCCCUUUUAAUGGCCAUGGAAUAACAUGUUUCACACCCACUAUUGCGUUGCUUGCAGAUACAGAACCAAACAAAAUCUGGGUUCUCUUUGGAAUUUUCAGCGGCUGUUCCUAUAUUAAGGACAAUAAACAACUUUUUUUGAGGGGUGGGGAGAGUUGUAUUAAAGGGACACUAUCAGAAACAUUUUGUUCUUCAGUUUAAAUUGUAAUAUAGAUUUUAGAUGUAGUUGUAGAUUAGAGUUUAUACAAUUUUAACUACUUGAAUUAUUUCUUUAUCGAUGCCUUCCUUUACUCCUGUUUGCCCUGAUUAAAAAAACAAAA